CACCAAGUAGAACAUGACGCUGUGGAGGCUCUCCAAGGCUCUGCAAAGGAGACAGGCUUCAAUUUGUGCGCAUGGUGCUGCGGCCGUCGCUCGUACAAAUGCUAACUGAAGGGAUUCUGGAGGACGAUUUUGACAAAAAUGGAGAUGCGUGGUGCGCUCAACGGGACCUCGAGCACGAUCUCCAUUUGGCCGCCAAGCUCGGCAAAACACUCCUGGACCGCAACCGCGAGCUGGAGCAGGCGCUGCAGCAGAUGUACUCCACCAACCAAGAGCAUUUGCUGGAAAUAGAGUAUUUGGCCAAGCAAGUGGAGCUGCUGCGUCACAUGAACGACCAGCAUGCCAAAGUUUAUGAGCAGCUGGACCUGUCCACCAAGGAGCUGGAGCGGGGCAACAAGAGGCUAGUGCAGGACGACCGCCUGGCCCAGAACAAGAUCAACAGUCUGACCGAGUCCAUCGAUGGGCUUCAAACGCACAUGGAGGGUCUGCAGAAGCAGGUGGAGGCGCUCACGUCUGCCCAGUCGGAGCGGAACAAACAAGAGCAGCGGCGCCACCUCAGCGCACAGAGCGUUUCCUGUCUUAAGGGGCUCUAUGACUUGCACCAAGACAGGUGUGUAGCUAAUAGGCGACAAAUAGAGGGACCACUGUCGCCGCAGGGAUCCGUGUACGACCGAAACCGACGCCAAGACCCAGAAGAGGAACACGAGAUCCUCCUCCGCUCAGUCCAAACUCUCCAGGCUCAGCUGGCAGCAGAAAAGAUCCGUCGUGAGGCUGCGGAACGCGAGAGCGAGCUCACGGCCAACGACAAGGAAGGCCUGGAGCAGCGGCUCCACAUGUUGGUGGGUUGCAGGACCAGGCAGAUGGAGCUGGAGGCCCAAGUCGAGCAACUGAGACUCAUGUGGCUCGCCGACUGCACGGCCAGCAGGAAGCCAGACCAACUACUUCUUCCUGACUCGGUGUUCUACACUUCAGACGAUAAACUCGAAGCGGAUAUAGGCGAGUCUGAGGAGACGGGCGAGGAGACGGCUGAGGACCGGGAGAAGGACCGUCAGCAGCAGAGAUCUAACAGCACAGCAAGCGCAUCGGAUGAUCACGACAAGAUGUGUGUAAGGCGAGCGGAGGUGGUGAAGCAGAGGGGCAUCUUGCUGCUCAACGAGGUGGACGCGCAGUACAAUGCGCUGCAGGUGAAAUAUGACCAGCUGCUACAGCGGUGUCAGCAGGCGAGCGCGGGGCUCACUCACAAGUCCGUCCAGACAUCCUGCAGUCCGUCCACGAGCGUUCGCCCUCGCUGCCGCCUCUCCGGCUUGGCGAGACAACCCUCGCUGGUGUCUGAGGAGCCAGAGUACAAAGUCCUCUUUAAGGAGAUUUUCACCCGCAUCCAGAAGACCAAAGAAGACCUGCACGAGAACAAACUUGUCAGCGACUCGUCCACCAUGUGAUUGUAUCAGUCCUCAUCCUGGAAUGUUGUGCACUUUGUGUGCUUUUUCUUUGAAACUACCCUGGUGCUUAAUGCUUAUUGAACAUUGUGCCAAGUUUCUAUUCAAAUGCUACUAUGCUUUAGUCAGUAGUCAGCACUGAUCCUUUUGUUUAGUCUUUUUUUCCCCUCAAUUACUUGAAUUAUGGACAGUAUUUAAAAAAAAAAAAAACAUUUUUGAACCUACUUCCUAUCAACUCCUCCAAAGGCCA